CGAGGAGGGCCGCCAUCCCGAUUCCCGUCCCUUCGGCCUCUCCGCACCAUGCCUGGCUUCAGCGCAAAGCCAAUACUGAUAGAUGGCGCCGGGCACCUGUUGGGUCGCCUGGCCGCCAUUGUUGCCAAGACCACGUUGACAGGCCAGCGCGUGGUGGUGGUAAGAUGUGAAAAAAUCAACAUCUCUGGCUCAUUUUACCGCAACAAAUUGAAGUACCUGUCCUUCCUGCGUAAGCGGUGCAAUGUUAACCCCAAGCGUGGCCCCUUCCACCACCGUGCUCCUGCCAAGAUCUUCCAGCGUACUGUCAGGGGUAUGCUGCCUUACAAGACCAAGCGGGGUCAGGAAGCUCUGAAGCGCCUGAAGAGCUUCGAGGGUGUUCCUCCCCCUUAUGACAAGUCUGCCAGGAAGGUGGUGCCUGAUGCACUGAGGAUCAUGCGCCUCAAGCCAGGACGCAAGUACUGCUUCCUUGGCCGCCUUUCCCACGAGGUUGGCUGGAAGUACAAGAGCGUGGUGUCCACUCUGGAGACUCGCAGGAAGCUGAAGGGUGCUGUCCUCUACAAGAAACGACUAACAGAUAAGAAACUGAGGAGACAGGCUCUUGUUAAGGUGUCCAAGAGGGUUGAGCCCUACACCAAAGUUAUGGUCUCCUAUGGUGUAGAUGGUCAAUAAAUGUCAUCAAUGGA